GGGUUUCCUUGCCUUGCUCAAAGGCUGGCCACCGGCCACGCACCCACCGGUGCGGCCCCAUAUGCCACUUGCAUAUAAGCAAAGGGCGCCGCACUUGAAGAAGAAGAAGAAGAAGAAGAAGAAGAAGAAGAAGAAGAAGAAGAAGAAGAAGAAGAAGAAGAAGAAGAAGAAGAAGAAGAAGAAGAAGAAGAAGAAGAAGAAGAAGAAGAAGAAGAAGAAGAAGAAGAAGAAGAAGAAGAAGAAGAAGAAGAAGAAGAAGAAGAAGAAGAAGAAAAAAAAACGCUCAUACGACCGGUGAGGGGCCUUGCGCGCCACGCCC